AUGAGCUAUAUUCGUCGCACAUUCCGCAACUUCUAUCCCAUCCAUCGCCACACAUCAUUCAGGACUGGCUUAUCCAUCACCAUGUCUACUCUUGCCAAUCCCCAACAAUACCUGGACAAUGCUCGCAUAGCACCUGAGGUCUUCCAAUUGCGGCCUGAUUACCGUGCACUCCUCCUGGUCAUCACAAAUAUUCCGCCUGCACCUAGCGACGCGCAGAGCGAGGCACUUCUGCAGGAAGCUGAAGCGUCCGCCAAAGCGACUCUCGCGAAGACACCAGUCACCGAUAUCCCUCAUGUUAAAGCCUGGCGAGAAGCUUAUACCGCAUUUGGUGCCAAGCCAAAGAAGACUCAGAACAGCCUCGAGGCACUGACGCGCCGCGUGGAAAAAGGCCUACCGCGCGUCAACCGUUUGACCGAUAUCUAUAACGCCAUUUCUGUGAAGCAUCAGAUUCCGCUUGGCGGCGAAGAUCUCGACAAGUACUCAGGAGCACCAUUUUUGAUCCGUGCAAAGGGCGAUGAGAAGUUCGAGAUGAACUCGCGAGGGGAGGUGGUGAAUGAUCCUCCGUCUCAAGGAGAGGUGGUUUGGUGCGAUGACGUUGGUGUCACCUGUCGGAAUUGGAACUGGAGGCAAGGCCCUAGGACAGCAUUGACGGAUGAAACCACAAAUGUGUUGAUCAUCAUGGAUGCAUUACAGCCGUUCAGUGACGAUCAGUUGAACGCUGCAGCGGAAGAGUUGAGUCAGGUCUUGAGCGGAUUGUCACCAGAGGUCAAGGUCUUGCGUUGCCUGUUGAAAGCAUGA